UGCUGUGCCAGGGUCUGAUACAGACCCGGGACAAGAAGCCCGCUGGCUGCUCCCGCACGGACUCCUCCGUUCUCUCCCCCCAGCCCCUUCUCCCCGCCGGGUUUGGCUGUCGGGGGAGGCGGUGAGCACACUCCGACAGCCCCCCCCGCCGCCGCCGGGCCUGCGCAGGAAGCACCGCGCUCAUCGCCGGACCGGCGGGACCGGCCUGAGCCCCGACACCGGGACCGGCGGCAGGCGGGUGAUAGGGCCCGGUAUCAGGUGCCACCGCCCCUCAGCGCGGUCUCGCCCCUCCCGCUCGGGUUGGGUUUAUCCUUAACCUCCCGCGGGCAGCGGAGCGCGGCCGCAGGCGGGUACCGCUCCCGGUGCCAGCCCCUGCCUCCGCAGCAGGGUGUCCUACCGAGAUGGCAAGUGCCCAAGGGGCAGAACCCGAUGCUGAGGGCACAGCUGAGCCCGAAGAGGCAGUCUAUGAAGAGGUGAUGCCCUGUGAGAGGACAGAGCUGAGCCAGCGGCUGGCCAUUGAGGAGCUCAUCACCACUGAAGCCAGCUAUGUCCACAACAUCCAGCUCUGUGUGUUGGACAUCCGAGCACACCUCCAGAAGAAGCAGCUGCCUGAUCUUGACCUGGAGGGACUCUUCUCUAACACUGAUGACAUCCUCCACGUCUCCAGACGGUUUCUGAAGGGUCUUGAAGCCACAACCACCCAGCAUGAGCAUGAGCAGCUGCUCAGCAUCAGCACCCUGUUCCAGGAGUUCAAGGAGGAGAUGGAGACUGUCUACAAGAUCUACUGUGCCAGCUAUGAUCAUGCUCUCUUGCUGGUGGAGAGCUACCGCAAGGACCCCAGGCUGCAGGAGGAGAUCUUGGAGACCUUGAAUGCAACAGUGCCUCACAUGAGUGCAUCAGACCUCAGCUUCUUCCUGGUGAUGCCAGUGCAGAGGAUCACCAAAUACCCACUGCUGCUGGGGAAGAUCCUGGAGAACACUCCCACCAGUUCCAGUGCCUACCCAGCCCUGCAGGCAGCCGUCCACGCCAUGGCCCAGGUCAACACCAACAUCAACGAGUACAAACGGCGUAGAGAAGUGGCAACCAAAUACAAUAAAGCUGAGCAUCUGACUCUGCGGGACCGCUUGGCACGGCUCAACACGCACUCCAUCGCCAAGAAGACCACGAGGCUGAGCCGGCUCCUCAUGCACGAAGCUGGCAUCGUGGCCAAGACAGAAGACAAAGAAUAUGACAACCUGGAGGAGCAGUUCCAAUGUGUGGUGUCCAGUGUGGCCUUGCUGAAGGAGAACGUGGCAUCCUACCUGGGCCACUUAGAGGCAUUCCUGUUUGCCACUCCACACAAGUGGGAGCUGGAGAUCGACGAGGGACCUGCCCUGCAGUACCGCCGCUUUGCAGAGCACCUCCAUGGCACUGUUUUCCCAGAGUUUAAACGCCGUCUGGACAGGCUGGUCUGCCAGCCCCUCUGCAGCCUCUCAGACAUGCUGGUGGGUCCACAGCAACUGGUCAAGAAGCGGCUGGACAAACUUCUGGACUAUGAGGAGAUACAGGACCGGAAGAAUGAGAUGGGCAGCGUGACGUAUGAUGAGGAGGCAGCCAUGAACACCUACCUUGCCAUCAAUGCCUUGCUUGUGGCAGAGCUACCACUGUUUAACCAGGUGGCUCUGCAGCUCCUGGGGCAGAUACUGUGCUCCCUCAGCACCCUGCAAUGGGACCUGGCUGCCCAGGUCCUGCACCAGGCAGAAAAGGAGUUGGAACAGCUGCCCCAUGGCCACAUGCCCCUGCCCAGUUUCUGGAAGAUGGUACAAGACACUCUGCAGCAGUCUGGCACUCAGCUCCAGACCUUCUGCCAGACUUUUGAGACAGUCACACCGAGCCCUGUGACACAGCCUCUGAACCCCGCUGAGGAGCGAAAGGUCCUUUCUCUUGUGAGCAGACAUGGACCAGACAAGCUUUAUCAAGUUACAAGCAACAUCAGUGGCAGCAAAGACUUGGACCUGACCUUGCAAAGAGGACAAAUUGUAGCUCUGCUGCAAAGUGUGGACACUAAGGGGAACACAAGCAGAUGGCUGGUGGAUGCUGGAGGUCCCCGAGGGUUUGUGCCUGCUGGAAAACUCCAGCCCUAUUGCCCAGUACAAAGCCAGCAGCCUGGGAUUCAGAUGCCAGCCCUGGAGACCAGCACAGAGAGAAGGCGACAUUCGUAUGCAUUUCCUGAAGCUCCCAAGCCCCAUGUGGCCACCUUCACUCCAGCUUUCCAGGUGGUCGCUGGAUUCUCCUUCACAGCCAGGAGUCCACAGGAGGUGACCCUCCAGGCAGGGCAGCCCGUGGUGGUGCUGGAGCCACACGAUAAGAAGGGGAGCACAGAGUGGAGCCUGGUGGAAGUGAAUGGCCAAAGGGGCUACGUGCCCUCCAGCUACCUGGUGACCAUCCCAGUGCAGGAGCCCAUGGGCUGGAGCUUGCCCGUGUGAUCACAGCUGAUCCACACCCCUGGGCGAAGGCUUUGUCAGAUGAGAGCCCUCUGCUUAGCAUCCCAGGACUCAGAGAUGCUGGAAAGGGGUGGCCCUGGGCUGGGAGGAUGGUGGGAAGCAGAAUAUGGCCCAGGCAACGUGGCUGUGAGGGAUGGCAGAUGAGAGGCACUUGUGAUGGGUAGAUGUGAGAGUGCCACACAUGAUCCAUGUUUGCACUAAGGAGAGCAGCAUGAAGGAGUGAGGGCAGGUGGCUGUAGUUUUCCAGGGAUUUGCUGACAUUCAUGUCAGUGACAAAACUGUCCCUAGAGGUGAUGAGACAGCAUUGUCCUCAAUGAGAUCAGGAUCAAGCUGCAAUGGGUGCAGCAUUGCAAAAGGGGUCUUCAGCCUGGCAUGGAGCAUCUGAGGCUCUUGGAAGAGGGCUCCUGGGACAGUGCUGGUAUGAGCACAGAGACUGAAGUGGAGCAGCUCUGGAGACACAGCUCCUCCUCCUCACCAGGCACUGCAUGGUGGCCACCCAGAUGUGCCCUUGUGAUCCCCUUGGCAGCACAGCCUUCAUGUCCUGCUAAAGGGCACAGCAAGGCCAGCUUGUGCCCAGCCACACUAUCAGCUGGGGGAGGAUCCCAGGCUGAGUUCCCAGCCUUCCUGGACACUGAGCACCACUCCUGGCCUCAGUUUCUCCCUGUGCAGUAAGGCUGAUGCUGCUCACCCCUUUGAGAGGCACUUUGAGCUCUGAUGAUGAGAAGUGCUCUGUACACUACUGAUGCUACAUUGUGUGACUGAUGUGCUGACAUUAUAACACAUUGUGCUGUUUCUCUGCCCCAGCUGUGCUUAGUGGUCAUGCCUGACCUAAGGCUUGGGCCUUAGGCAACACAGCUCUGUGCCUCCGUUUCCCCAUGGCUUAAUAGGAU